CCCCGUGGGGCGGCCGAGUCCGGGGGUCCCCCCGAGCUGCGGGGCGGGGGGCGCGGGGCUGGGCCGUCCCCUUUAAGGCGCCGAGGGCGCAGCCGCUCACCUGGGCAGGUGACGGUGCCGGAGGUGACGGCGACGCGCGGGCGCCAUGGCCGCCUCCGCCCUCUUCAUCCUGGACCUCAAGGGCAAGCCGCUGAUCAGCCGCAGCUACAAAGGGGACGUGGGGCUGGGGGAGAUCGAGAACUUCAUGGGGGCCCUGCUGCAGCGCGAGGAGGAGGGCACGCUCACGCCCGUGCUGACCCACGGCCACGUGCACUUCCUGUGGAUCAAACACGCCAACCUGUACCUGGUGGCCACCACCAAGAAGAACGGGAACGCCUCCUUGGUGUUCUCCUUCCUCUACAAGGUGGUGGAGGUGUUCUGUGAGUACUUCAAGGAGCUGGAGGAGGAGAGCAUCCGCGACAACUUCGUCAUCGUCUACGAGCUGCUGGACGAGCUGAUGGACUUCGGCUUCCCGCAGACCACCGACAGCAAGAUCCUGCAGGAGGGGCUCACACCAGGCACAGAGCCCGUGGUGCCAGCCCGGCCGUGCCCACAGGUGAGUGCCAACGGCAGCGUGGUGCUCAGCGAGGUGGUGGGCACCAUCAAGCUGAAGGUUUUCCUCUCGGGGAUGCCGGAGCUGCGCCUGGGCCUCAACGAAGGCUGUGCUGGGCACAAGGAAGGGCUGGGCAGGGGGCUCACACCAGGCACAGAGCCCGUGGUGCCAGCCCGGCCGUGCCCACAGGUGAAUGCCAACGGCAGCGUGGUGCUCAGCGAGGUGGUGGGCACCAUCAAGCUGAAGGUUUUCCUCUCGGGGAUGCCGGAGCUGCGCCUGGGCCUCAACGACCGCGUCCUCUUCGAGCUGACGGGCCGGGGCAAGAACAAGUCGGUGGAGCUGGAGGACGUCAAGUUCCACCAGUGCGUCCGUCUGUCCCGCUUCGACAACGACCGCACCAUCUCCUUCAUCCCCCCCGACGGCGACUUCGAGCUCAUGUCCUACCGCCUGCACACCCAGGUGAAGCCCCUCAUCUGGAUCGAGUCCAUCAUCGAGAAGUUCUCCCACAGCCGGGUGGAGAUCAUGGUCAAGGCCAAGGGCCAGUUCAAGAAGCAGUCGGUGGCCAGCGGCGUGGAGAUCUCGGUGCCGGUGCCCAGCGACGCCGACUCGCCCAAGUUCAAGACCACGGCGGGGUCGGCUCGGUACCUGCCCGAGAGGAACGUGGUCGUCUGGAGCAUCAAGUCCUUCCCGGGGGGCAGGGAGCACCUGCUGCGCGCCCACUUCGGGCUGCCCAGCGUGGAGAGGGAGGAGGAGGAGGGGCGGCCGCCCAUCGCCGUGCGCUUCGAGAUCCCCUACUUCACCGUCUCGGGCAUCCAGGUACCCCCCCGGGGUGGGGAGGGAGCCAGAAGGGGCGUGGCCUAG